AGGGAUGCCUGGCGUGUGGUGAGUUCAGGCGGGCCUCAGAGCUCUUGUGAGAACACCCUGCCCACUCUCCUGCAACCAUCACCAGGCUGAAGCCUGCCCUUUGGGGAAAUGCUCAAACCCUCAAACCGAGCUGGAGUCUGCAGCCCCAUCUGCGAGCCUAGGCUCGCUGGGCCUCCUGUUUCAGACUGUACUGUGACCACAGGAAGCCCUGGGACGCGUCAGGGAGUGACCCCUCCUGCAGCCCUAGCUUGCAUAACGCCAGGCUGGGAAGCUGCACGCUGGAGGAGAUGGCUGAGCCCCGGGUGCCCAGCGCCGCCCUCCGGGCUGGGGCGUGGCCGCCGCCCCUUUAUCUGCGACUCCAACGCCGGGACGCAGCAGACAGCACUCAGCUCUCUGCUCCGGUUAACAGGGUGACCCUUUGGUCUUCAGACUCAGCCUAAGGGCAGGGCGUGGGAGAGAGGAGAAGCCUGGAGCAUCAGAGCCUCCGCUAGAGACCUAGAGACCAAAGGAUUCUGAUUUUGCCCUGACCUCCCUCCCAGUUUCCUGCCCCGGCCGCAGGCAUGGCGGUGGCGAUAGCCCAGAAGUUCAGCCACCUGCUGUCGGGCCUGUGGCACACGGGCCCGAAGCCUCUGCAGCCGGAGCCGGUGUUCACCGUGGGCCGCGCCGAGGUGCCGCCGGUCUUCUGGAAGCCCUACAUCUACGCUGGCUACCGGCCUCUGCACCAGUCCUGGUGCUUCUACUUCCGCACGCUGUUCCAGCAGCACAACGAGGCUGUGAAUGUGUGGACCCACCUGCUGGCCGCCCUGGGGCUGCUGCUGCGGCUGCUCGUCUUGGUGCGGAGUGUGGACUUCUGGGAAGACCCUCACGCCCUGCCCCUCUUCAUCAUCGUCCUGGCCGCCUUCACCUACCUCUCCUUCAGCACCCUGGCUCACCUCCUGCAGGCCAAGUCUGAGUUCUGGCAUUACAGCUUCUUCUUCUUGGACUAUGUGGGCGUGGCCGUGUACCAGUUUGGCAGUGCCCUGGCGCACUUCUACUAUGCCAUCGAGCCCGCCUGGCAUGCCCAGGUACAAGCCAUUUUCCUGCCCACGGCCGCCUUCUUGGCCUGGCUCUCCUGUGCCGGCUCCUGCUACAACAAAUACAGCCAGAAGCCGGGCCUGCUGGGCCGCAUCUUCCAGGAGGCGCCGUCGGCGCUGGCCUACGCGCUGGACAUCAGCCCCGUGGUGCACCGCAUCAUCGUGUCCCCUCUGCCCGCCGAGGAUGACCCUGCUCUCCUCUAUCACAAAUGCCAAGUGGUUUUCUUCCUCCUGGCCGCUGCGUUUUUCUCCACCGUCAUGCCCGAGAGUUGGUUCCCCGGCAGCUGCCACAUCUUUGGGCAGGGCCACCAAGUUUUCCAUGUCUUUUUGGUGCUGUGCACUCUGGCCCAGCUGGAGGCUGUGACCUUAGACUAUCAGGCUCGGAGGCCCAUCUACGAGCCUCUGCAUACCCGUUGGCCCCACGACUUCUCCGGCCUCUUCCUGCUCACCGUCGGGAGCAGCUUCCUCACUGCCCUGCUCCUCAGCCAGCUGGUGCGGUGCAGACUCCAUCAGAAGACUAAAUGAGAGCGGGUGGGUGGGAGGAGGCGCUAGGGACAAACGCCUGGAUUUGGCUCCGGAGGCAUCUGGCAGGCCUUGACUCCCAGCGUACAAGCUCAACGGCCAAGGUGGUGCUAGUCAAUCCUCGGACCUUGGCAUUGGCUGGGAGCUGCCGAAUCCCUGCGCAGCUCCCUGCCUUGGGAGGGAGGAGAUGAGGGGCCUCCUUUCAGGGCCGAGGGUAGGGGUUCACCACCCCGGCGUGGGGUUUCCAGGCUGUUGGGUGGGGGUUAAGACUUAGACCAGUGCCCAAUCUGAGCCGAGAGGAAGGGGAAGCCUGAGCAGCCACCUUCUGCCAGAUUUUAUUGGUGGAGGGAAAAGAAACAGGCCAAAAGAUGGGUAGCAUUUAACUGUACUGUCCCCCGCACCCCAGCCUGGAUCCCUGGGUUCCAGAGAAUCCCCUGAAGACAAAAGAUGCCCUUCACUGACUGCGUCCCUUUGUCGCACUGGCCUGGACGCCCUGCACUUUGUUUCCAGCUCCUCUCCCACAGCUCUCCUUUACCAUUCUGAGAUCUGUCUCCUUAGAUCCCUGUUCCUGGAGGCUCCAGGCUCUACCCGGAAAGGAACUGUCAAGGGAUACUCAGAGACCAGACUAAUCAGCCCUGCCUGGGGCAGUCAGGACCUUGGGCUGGGAAGAGCGAGAAGGAAUUUGCAGACUGAGCUUAGAAGGGCAUUUCAGGCAAAGGGGACAUCUAGGUUGAGACCCAGAGAUGCCAAGCAGGGAGCUGGGUGGGGCUGGAGGUGAGCACAGCCGGCCUCUGGUUCCUGCUGCGGCCUAGACUCAAUAAAGUGACUUUGACAAUA